AUGGAAAGAGAAGAAGUAAUAAAAAAUGUACGUGCAUGUCUCAUAUCUUCAAAAGGUGGAGUCAAGAUGGACGAUCUAAAUAAAGAUUAUAGAUUGCUCAUUGAUGAAAAUAUACCAUUUCGAAAGUUAGGGUACCAAUCUUUGGUUGCCUUUUUACGUACUGUCCCUAGUGUUAAAAUUACUGAGAAAGGAAAAGAUUGUUUUGUGGAGGCUGUACCUACUGGAGAAUCUGCACAUAUUACAAAGUUAAUUGCUCGACAAAAGACAGCAACUAAAAAAUAUAAUAAAAUGGUGAAUACCAAAAGACCAACGCCAUUUCGUAAGCCUAUGAUGACAAGAAAUUUUGGCAAUAUAAGAAGUUUUAACAAUAAUUUAUAUUCACAAAUGAGUGGAAAACAAAAUAUGUAUUUUCCUGCAAUGUCAACCAAAAUUACUAUUCAUCAAAAUAGUGAGAAACCCAGAUAUAUACAAUCUAAUUGUGGUAUACCACCAAGUUCUCCUAGUAAAAGACUGAAAGAUAGACAAGUGAAUUCUGUUUUAUCAACAAACCAAAGUAUUAACAAGUCUAAAGAUGAGACACAAAUAAAGAACAAUCUAAGGACAGUAACAUCUGUGAUAAGUCAACAUUCAAAGAAUGCUAAUAUCAAUGUGGAAAUGCUUCCUAAAAAAAUUUCAAGUCCAAACGACAGACUUAAAGUAAAUCCUAUUCCUUCAUUGAUGGAUAUACGCACCAACAUUUCAACACUGCCUCAAUCACCUGAAGUGUUGUCACCUUUCUCACCUGGACAAGUUUUAGCAGAUGGUAAAAUGAAACUUCAACAAUCAACAAAAUUACCUGCGGCAUUAGGUAAUACUAGAAAAAUUGUGCCAAAAUUACAACCUACUGAUCCAAGAGAAGAAUUGAAACGAAGAGCUAGUGUACUAAAUCUUCCAGAACCUGUGUAUCAAAUCUGUCCUACAACAAUUAAAAAUACUAAAGAACCGGCUGUGUUUGCACAAGUUAAGAUUGGUCCUCACGGAUAUUCAAGUUAUCCGGAACAAGCACAUACUGAGGACGAGGCACAAAAGCUUGCGGCGAAAUUUGCCUUGCUUGAUCUAACCGAAAAAUAUGGUUCAUCUUCCUGUUUUAAUGAAACUAAAGACAAAAGCAUAAUAAAAGAACGAGUUUUGUCCAUAAUAGAUGCUCAUCCAAAUGGUAUCUUUAUGCAUCAGAUACCCAUGUAUUAUAAACAACAGUACGAGGAAAUUUUACCUGGAAACUGGGAAAAAGUUAUUGAGACAAGCUCAGAAAUUGUUUUAGAAAAGGGUGUAGAUAAUUCGGUAAUUCUACGUCGGUUUACCUCGUCGGAUUUACGUGAAAAGAUACGAAAUACAACAUCAUUAAAGACAGAUAAAAUACUACUGCAUCCAAUUGGUCCUGUUGCACCUGGACAAUUGCAAUUACCGGAAGAAGAAUUUUGGAUUGUGUCUGUUACAUACGUUAUAAGUACUGUUGAAAUAUGGGCUAGAAUUGUAGGAGAUGCAUAUAGUGAUGAAUUUGACAUUAUGACCACCGAAAUGAGUAAACAUUACAGUAAUAUUCAACAAUCUCUAAAAGCACCACUUAUUGAAAUUGGAAAUUACUAUGUUGUGUUUGAAGACGAAUCAUGGCACAGAGUUCGUUGUGUAGAUUUUAAUAUCACAACUGGAAUGGUUACAGUUUCAUUUAUCGAUUAUGGUGAUGAAGAUAUUUACCAUUAUAGUAGAUUACAAAUAUUGGAUAAAAAGUUUUGUGUGCUUCCUGCUCAGGCAUUAAGGCUGUGUCUUUAUGGUUUGGAAGAUUUCAAUGACUGUGAUAGCACUGUGAUAGCAAUUGAAAAAUGUCUGCUUGACCGUGCUUUAUAUGUUGAAGUACGAAAUCGCAAGAAAGAUCAGAAUGAUCUCUCUGCGACAGUUGUGUUUUAUGAUACGCAUGGACCAGAUGACAUUAAUUUAAAUUUAGAAUUGUUUAAACAAAUCUCACAAAACGUAUUAGUUGCUCCUAAAUUAGAUGUUGAGGGACAAGUAUCAGAAGUAUUUAUUUCUCAUGUAGAACAAAAUGGUGAUGUUUAUGUACAAGUGCAGUCUGAAAGUAUGAAACUUUUGGUUAAUUUAUUAAAUCGAUUAAUAUGUACUGGACUAAACACAGAAGAUCUAGAGAGUUGCAUCGUAACCACAGUUGAUUCUAGUAAAACAUAUUUUGUGUCAGUAAAUAAUAAUUGGUACAGGGGGAAAAUCGUAAGUGACAGCUUUUACAAUCAAUUAAGAGCAUUUUUAAUUGAUUUUGGUAAGACUGUCACUGUAACAAAAAGCAAUCUUCUUUCUUUAGAAACACUAUCUCAAGUUUUAGCAAAUUAUCCUCCUCAGGCAUUGAAGGUACAUCUUCAUAACAUUGAUAAAUCAAUGUUCAAUGAAAAGAUGGUUGCGAAACUUGUAGAACUUGCACCAAAAGGUGAACCACUUAUUGUAAAAGUUGUAUCAUCUAUAAAGGGGACACCAGUUGUGGAAUUAUUUAAACGAAUUCAACCAAGUAAUAUGCUUGUUUCUGUCAAUAACACCUUAGCUCUUGAAGAGGAAAUUACGAAAACACAUGGGGAUGGUAACAAUAAUAUAAAACCAAGGAAACGCAUCGAACGUAUGAAUUCUAAAUUCGCAGGAAGUGAAGAUGAUGACGUUGUAAAGUCUUUAAAACCACCAAAAAUUUCAGGCAUUGGCGAAUAUUUUGAUGUUCAUGUAACAAUGGCUGCCCAUCCCGGAAAUUUUACUGUUCAACCAUUUGACGAUAAACGUUCAUUAGAGUUAAUGAUGAUUCAAUUACAAGAAGCUUGUCAAGUAUACAAAGGUCCAACUCCAACUCCAGAAUCAGUAAAAGAAGGCAAACUUUAUGCAGCUCAACACAUUGACAGUCACUGGUAUAGGGUAUGCAUUUCAAGUAUCAUUAAAGAAAAUAUGGUUAGCGUUUACUUCUGCGAUUUCGGAGAUGUAUCAGUACUACCAUUAAAUAAAUUACAACCUUUGAAAAGUGAAUUCUUAGAACUACCGUAUCAAGCUAUUAAAGCAAGACUUGCUGGUAUACGACCGAUUAACGUUGACUGGUCUGUUGAAGAUAGUUUAAGGUUUCAAGAAUUAGUCGUGGAUAAAAAUUUUGUAUCAAUAGUUUACGAAUCUAAGUCUGAUGGAUUUUCCCCGGCCGAUACUAUAUUGGGUUUAAAAUUGAUAGAUGUUAAUACAGCUGAAGAUAUUUACAUCGAUCAACUUUUAAUUGAGGAAGGUCGAGCUACAUUAAAUGAUUAAAGCGAUAUAUACUUGGAUACAGUUGAUAUAAAAUAGGAGUAUCAUAGUGAACACUAAUGGUUAAAUUAGUUUUGACAAUUUCGGCAUGGAAUACAUGUAUUUGUUUCCUACGUAAAUGCUAAGUGAUAUCUUUGUACAGUUUUACUGUUUUACGCUCGAGAAUUUAGUUGUUUGUAUAUAAAAAUAAUAUUUCUAUUUAAUAGUAUAUGCAAAACCCAUAGCAUCGUUAACUGUUCUAAACAGAAGUAAUGAAAAUAUAAUAGAAACUAUAUGUAUAUGAAUGUAUCAGGUCUGUAAGUAUGAAACCGGAAUUUGCCUAUAGAUGGCCCUAGCUGAUAAUGUAGUUAUCACUACUGCGUCAUUGAUGCCAAAAGUCUUUGUUGACAUUUCACAAACAUUUUCGACUCAGAACAAUACAAGUUUCAUACAACAGCAUAGUUUGCAAUAGCGUUGAACAUGUUAAAUUUUGUGCCUGGAAACUACGAUUUGCGGACAGAAUUGAUUUUCUGUUACCAUUUGAAGAAAACUGCUGCAGAAUCGCAUCGAAUGCUUGUCGAAGCUUACGAUGAGCAUGCUCUUGGUAAAUCACAGAGCUUUGACUGGUUUAAAAAAUUCAGAAGUGGCAAUCUUAACGUGAGGAACGAAGAACGUGGAAGACCACCGAAAAAGUUUCACGACAGCGAAUUGCAAGCAUUGUUGGAUGAGGAUGAUGCUCAAACGCAACAACAACUCGCUGAUCAAUUAAACGUGACACGAGAAGUCGUCUCCAUACGUUUGAAAGCCAUGGGAAAGAUCUAGAAGGUGGGAAAAUGGGUUCCAUAUGAACUGAAUGAAAGACAGCAGGAAAACCGAAAAACCACUUGCGAAAUGUUGCUCGCUAAAUACAAAAGAAAGUCAUUUCUCCACCGAAUUGUGACUGGCGAUGAAAAGUGGAUAUAUUUUGAGAAUCCUAAGCGUAAAAGAUCAUGGGUAGCUCCAGGCGAACCACCGACAUCGACUACAAGACCAAAUCUAUACACAUACGUACGUUUGGUACGUAAUACGUGUAUGUGUACAUUAUACAUAUACAUAUAUUAUCUAUGUCUAUAUCUAUAAUUAUGUCUUUGAAAAGUUAUAGCUUUUUAUUUUUCAAGAAAAUAAUAAUUUAUUGAACUAAC